AUGCAGUCUGAAGAGUCCGAUUAUAUCAAAGUGUUGAGGAUCAAAGGGGCGAAUGGCGAGGAGAGAACGCUACAGUUUCCAAUGAAACUCGAUCUUGAACGUCCAAAACGACCACGGACCACAUUUUCUGAAGAACAGCUUCGUUUACUUGAAGAAGCCUUCCAAGAGAAUGGCUACCUCACUGGAGAAGCGCGAAUGGCUUUGGCUGCACGACUUGCCCUCAGUGAUACUCAGGUGAAAGUCUGGUUCCAAAACCGAAGAACCAAGAAUAGAAGGAAGGUAAACCUCGAAGAAGGAAGGUUGGCGAAGUAUCUUUUCUCCAAGUUAUAG